AUGAACGGACUUCCCCCUCCUGGUAUCCACCCUGUGGCCAUGUCCCGUCCGCAAGUCGGUAUUGAGCGCCUACCGACCCGGCGACUAAGCAAUGAGCCUCGGGAGUCUAUGAACUGCAAAUCAUGCCGCAAGCGCAAGAUCAAGUGUAAUCGGCUACGCCCAUCCUGUGAGGCCUGUCAAGUUUUUCAGUGCCCUUGCGUAUACGAUGCCGUGCCCAAGAAGCGUGGGCCAAAGACAGAUGUGUUGGAAGCACUGUUGAAGAGGGUCGAUGGGUUGGAGGCAAAAUUGAAGGAGAAGAAUGCUGGGGAGCAGACUCCCACCACGCCGACUACCGCAGGAAUCAAGGAUGAAGAAACCUCACGAGCAGACGACAUUCCCGACGAUGACCCAAAUCCCAAGCGUAUAGCAUUGGACACCAAAGUAGACGCUGACGAGUCUGCCGUUUACUCGCCAGCUCCGGCAAGUGAACCUUCACCACCUACCGUUCAACCCGACGCGCUGCUAGACACCUACUUCUCGCGGUUUCACUCCAAGCCCUACCACAUCUUGGACGAAUCAUCUGUCCGGCAACGACUUCAACUGAACCAAUUACCGAAUUAUUUGGUUCACGGGAUCUACGCUGUCGCUGCAAGAUACACACCACAUCCUAGUGGGUACCAGUCAGCUGUGCAUCUAAGUGAAGACUUCGCUUCGCGGGCCAGAGCAGAGAUUGACACCGAUGAGCCUUCGGUCGACGCCUUGCAGGCUCUGCUCCUGCUGGUCAUCGCCUUCACUGCAGCAGGCAAAGGCAAGAAGGCGUAUAUGCUGAUGAUUGGAAUGGCAAUGGCUCUCGAAACUCAUCGCGAGAUGGACAACAAUGCACGCGUAACGCCAGUUGAGCGAGAAAUGAGGAGGAGACUUUUCUGGACAUGUUACUUACUCGACCGUUUUCUGGCUUGCGGCUCCAAGCGUCCGUCUCUCAUCGGCGACAAGACCAUCCUUCUCCGGCUUCCAUGUUGGUCACCGAACCCUUCAGUACCCCCAAUCGACGGCGAGUUCUUUCAGUCCGGGUCCAAUCUGCAAUUCCUUCAGGGAAGCGGGAAGAAGUCUCAAGGUAGCACGGGAAUGCUCAUCGACAUCAGCCGGAUUCUGGGUAUAACGAACCGCUACCUAGCUGCUGGAGGUGUGAAGGGCGACUCUCAUUUCCCAUGGCAUUCACUUUCAAACCUGUCAAAGAUUCGUCAAGAUUUGGACAUCUGGGCUUCCGGCACCGAGGACGUUUUUUCGAGCCUCGAUACGCUAUUCGGGCAGCCCGACUCGACAAUUCUAGUCCUGAGCAAACUCAUCUAUCACCUGAUUCAUUGCCUCAUUUACCGACCAUUUCUACCCAUCGACCUCGCCGAGCUCGCUGGAACCGGUCAGCACCAAUCUUGGCAGAUUGAAGCAACAAACAUGUGCUUUUUGCACGCAAACGCAAUCUCUGAGCUUGUCGAACUUGGAAAGCAGACCGGCACAAUUGAAUGGCCGGCUUUCGUUGGGUAUUGCAUAUGCACCGCCGGCACAGUCCACAUUCACGGUGCCCACUACAACAAGAAUGGCAAUGGUGACUCGACUGUGUUCAGCAUGUCAGCAGACUUCCUAUCCAGAGAGAUGCAGCAACUCAGCGAGCUCCGGUACGCUUGGGCAAGUGUCCAACAUCAGAGGGAAACACUGCAAGGAAUUUACAACGCUCAUUCCGAACUGGUCAAAAGCCUUGCAAACAACCCUAUGCGAUAUUCUCCGGCAUUCCACCUCGAGGACUUUUUCGAUCGCUACUCGAACAUUGGCGGGCCCGGCGGUCAGACCUUCAACUUUGACGCGGCAAAUUUGAGCCUUUCUGAUGUGAUUGUCGACUUCACCACAGACACCUACACAGGUCACGAUCUCUAUGCGCCUCGUGCCAAUAGCAUGAACGAGCCUGAGCGACCGAGCCUCAAGCGCAAGAACACAGCUCCAUCUAGCCGGAAGCGUCCAGAUGCCAAAGUCCUCUCACCGCUCAGCACGAGUCAUAUGGCGCGCCCGCAUGGCCUGCCAACGCCUUCUCAUGCCCGCCACUCCUUUUCACACCCAACCCCUACUAUGGCGUCUCAUCCGUCACCGGGAAUGCUCGCGACACCCACAUCUCUGCCCCCUCAUCCCGAGACCAUGGAGCAUCCUUCCAUGUCUGCCUCACACGGCCAAUACGACGAAGCUGCGGCCAACAACGCAGCCGUGGCGGCAGCAGCGGCGGCAGGCUUUUCUCUCGGACCUCAGAGUCAUCAGCAAGCCAACAUGCCGGCGCUCUCCUCGAACUCCUUCUCUCCGCAGUUCAGCUUUGCCACGCCAGGGGCAAAUGGGAACAAUGAGGUAGGGGGCAACUACAAUGACCCCAUGUUCGGCGGACUACCAACAAAUGCAUUUGGUAGUCCAGCCGCGUGGCAUGGGGACGACGGUGGAAACAAGGUAGCCGGUGUCGCCGCGCCCAGUCCUGGAAACAAGAGCAACAACGGAAGCACUGGCACCGGCCCAGGUGAGGAGAAGGACCCAUUCUUGAGCCUCCUGGAGCAACUCGCGGAAAACGAGCACCAAUUCGCUCGGGGCCCAGGCAGUGAGUUGGACUUCUUUUUCGGUGGUACUGGAGCGUCGCAGUAG